AAAUGUUAAUAUUCCUUGAUAUCAAAACGCGUUUCCUUUACAAUAAAAAAAAAAAAUUUACAAUAUUCCCAAGAACACCUGAAGGUGUCGUAAACUGUGUAUCGUUACCACUGCUCCUAUUGGUCAGUUAUCCACCGCGCCCACUUAUGACGACAUCAAAUCUCUUCUCAUUUCUUCCGGCUUUCUCUGCACGCUCAGCGCUGUCAUACACAAAACCUCUGACGGAAUUUCUUGUAUUAGUUUCCUCCAGUCAUGCACUGCGCAGGGCAACCACCGUCAAAGUAGUAAAGCAUCAGAUACAACUUGUCCGGAGUUUUUUUUAUUAUUAUUCAUUCAUACCUUACGUGCUAACGCGCGAUGCUAACGUUAGCACAAACUUGAGAUGUGGUGAAGUCCACAUGACCAGACGCAGGUGACGCGAAGAUGGGCUCUGUUCGCUGGGCUUUUCGCUGCGGGUCGUGGACACCAACCAGGCCCGACUGGCUUUUCGCUGCUCGUUGCGUUCAGCGAGAGGAGAAGGACAGGAUCGGACAGUUUGUGUUCGCCAGGGAUGCCAAGUCCGCCAUGGCUGGAAGGUUGUUGCUGAGGAAAUUUGUGCAUGAUAGGAUUGGGAUCCCUUGGUCGGAGAUCACACUUGAGCGAUCCCCCAGAGGAAAACCGUACCUGGCAACACCAAUGAAGGUCGGUCCAGAUUCCCUUCCCGAGACGCCGUCCUGGAGUUUUAACUUGUCCCACCAGGGAGACUACGCGGUGCUCGCUGCAGAGCAGGGCAUGCAGGUGGGGGUGGAUAUCAUGAAGAUCACAAUGCCAGGUAGCAGCUCUGUGCCAGAGUUUUUCCGCAUCAUGACUCGUCAGUUUACAGCUUACGAGUGGAGCGUCAUCCAAUCAAGCAGCUUGGAGCACCAGCAGCUUGCCGCGUUCUACCGCCACUGGGCCUUGAAGGAGAGCUUCAUCAAAGCCAUCGGCACGGGCCUGGGCUUCAACCUGCAGAGGGUGGAGUUUCAGGUGUCCCCCGAACCGCUCUCACAGACAGGUGCACUGCGCCAGACCAAGAUGCUUCUAGACGAGGAAGAAGAAGACAACUGGGUCUUCGAAGAGAGCUUGCUGGAUGCUGAUCAUCAUGUUGCUGUCGCACUCGGACCAGCAGACAAUGCAGGCUCUUCGGCGCUUCUUCCUCCUCCUCCUCCUCCUCCUCCCACCUCCUUUACGCUGCUGUCGUUCAGUGACCUCAUCGCCUCGGCCUCUCCUCUGACAGAGGAAGACCCCGCCUGCUGGGACAGCUUCAAGAUGAAGGCUGAAGCUCCACAGAGACAGAGGGAGGCACGCGCAUCCGAAUAACCACCUGUCUCGUGCUGACACCUGCCCAAUCCCACCCCCCCCCCCCUCCCCCCCGGCACACGGACGCACCGACCUGAGGAGAAACGACUCCAGGCGCUGACAUCCGAGCGGCUCUCAACACAAGUCCAUUCAAGUCAAGUUCUGCAAAGAGCUUUGUCUCUGAGGCCUUUAGAAUCCGUACCACAUCUGACGCGUCUAUCUUUGGAUCCUUUACUCGGAUGGAAAAAAAACGCCUCACACAACAGAUACACGCUCACAAAGACACUGUGCAGUACAUCCAAGCUUUCGUUGUUAUAUAUAGAUUGAUAUCCUGUGAAUUUUGUCGACGCCCGGUGUAAUUUCAGGGUACACAUUGUCCAAGAAGCAGCCUAACACCUUUAUUCCUGCUCUUUUUCUCUUGUAUGUCUUUUCUAAUCUCUCAUGUGCGCAGUGUGAUGACGUAUCAGCCACCAUCACAUUGUGUUACGCUUUUAUCCAGUCGAUAAUUUUAAUCAAUAGAUCAUUUUGAAAAAAAAUAGCAAUGGGUUAGUGACAUUUAUUUAUUAUAACCUAAAACAUUGCAGUAUACUUUGUUAUUAAAAUAAAACGAUGUAUGUGAUGAAAGAAAUGUGUGUGAUGCUUGUGAGUCGUGUGUCUUUCUACACAUCCUCUAUCACAAAACCCUUUUUUUUAUCUCACAUUCAUU